CUGCCCGCGGGUCGGUGCUCCCGCACCGCCCCGGACCGGCCCCGGGGGGCGGGUCCCGGUCACAUGUGCUCGGGGCCGGGCCCGGCCGCUAUAAAGGCCGGUGGGGAGGGACGGGGCCGAGCCCAGAGUAGAGCCGAGCUUCGGGAGCCCCGCCAUGGCCACCAGCGAGCCCGAGACGGCGCAGCCCAAGGCUGAGGAGCAGCAGAGCAUCGGGAUGCGGGUGGCCAACCUGCCCCUGGUGAGCUCUGCCUACGGGAUGGUGUCCACGGCGUACAGCUCCACCAAGGAGAGCCACCCCUACGUGCGCUCCGUCUGCGACGCCGCCGAGAAGGGGGUGAAGACGCUGACGGCGGCGGCGGUCAGUGGGGCACAGCCCAUCCUCACCAAGCUGGAGCCGCAGCUGUCCACUGCCAACGAAUACGCCUGCAAAGGGCUGGACAAGCUGGAGGAGAAGCUGCCCAUCCUGCAGCAGCCCCCGGAGAAGCUCAUCUCAGACACCAAGCAGCUGGUGACCUCCACAGUGACGGGGGCCAAGGAUGUCCUGACCAGCACCAUGGCCGGGGCCAAGGACGCAGUGACCAGCCGGGUGACGGGUGUGAUGGACAUGACCAAAGGGGCCGUGCAGGGCAGCGUGGAGCUCACCAAGUCCGCGGUGAGCAGCGGUGUCAGCACCGUCAUGGGCUCCACCGUGGGCCAGAUGGUGGUGAGCGGCAUGGGCUCCGUGCUGGAGAAGUCGGAGGAGCUGGUGGACCAUUACCUGCCCAUGACGGAUGAGGAGCUGGCCAAGCUGGCCACGGCCGUGGAGGGCUUCGAGCCGGAGCAGCAGAAGCAGCAGCAGAGCUACUUCGUGCGCUUGGGCUCGCUCUCGACCAAGCUGCGGCACCGGGCGCUGCAGCACUCGCUGGGCAAGCUGCAGAGCGCCCGCCACAGCAGCCAGGACGUGCUGGGCCAGCUCCAGCGCACCCUCGACCUGGUGGAGCAGCUCAAGCAGGGCAUGGACCAGAAGCUGCAGGGAGGGCAGGAGAAGCUGCAGCAGAUGUGGUUGGAGUGGAGCAAGAAGCAACCGGGCAGUGGCAAGGACCUGGCGCCACCGGAGGCAGUGGAGUCGGGCGCGCUGGCCCUGCUGCAGGGCUUGACGCAGCAGCUCCAGAGCUCCUGCCAGCCCCUGGUGUCCAGCCUGCAGGGGCUCCCCGCCAGCAUCCAGGACACGGCGGGGCAGGUCCGGCACAACGUGGAGGGGCUGCGGGCGGCGCUCGGCUCCGCCACCUCCCUGCAGGACGUGACGGGCACCGCGCUGGCGCAAGCCCGUGCCCACGCCACCAAAGCGCGGCAGCUGAUGGAUGAGCUGGUGGAGCACGUGGCUCACAACCCCCCGUUGACCUGGCUGGUGGGACCCUUCGCCCCCUCGGGCCAGAACGUGGUGGAGCUGGAGAUGAAGUAGCAUCAUCUGCACCAUCCUCCGGGGUGCUUGGUCCCCCCUUGCCCAGCCUCAAUAGAGCAUCUACUAACCCCUGCCUGGCGCCCACCUUGCCCAUAACCUUAGUGCCUGCCUGUAUUGGGGGUGCAGUGAUGUGCCUUGGUUCUCCCAUGUGCCUUUGGGGUGACCUCCAGCCCCUGGUUGGAGCCCCCCUCCUUGUCCCCUCAUCCUCAGUGCCUUCAACACUCUCUGGUCCUGUAUGGGGUCAGGGGUAGCUCCCGAAGCAAUAAACUCUGGUUAGUUUUGCAUUA